AUGAAUUCAACGAUGCAUUAUAAAUGCCGAAAUAUAGAAAAGCCGUAUCUGCGUAGUGAUAUCUAUCGUGUAGAAGUACCAGAUGAUAAAGUCAAAUGGGAAGUUCUCUGGCCAGAAUAUGCACCAAAAGACUUCACUAGCUUAGUAGCUACUAAUAAACCCUGGGCAGAUUCAAAUGAUUUCAAAAGUCAGAAAUUCAAGUGGAACGAUAUCGAUGGAUUAAUCAACCGACGUUCCUAUAUGGGGAAAUAUAAUUUGGAUAAAACUGGGCGACCACUUAAUCCAGCAGGACGAACUGGAUUACGAGGACGUGGAGUUCUGGGUAAAUGGGGACCAAAUCACGCAGCAGAUCCAAUCGUAAGUCGAAUUCAUCACGGGCAGUUGCAAUUUAUUGGGAUUGCCCGACGAGAUUCCGGUGAAUGGGCUAUUCCUGGAGGUAUGGUGGAUAGUGGUGAGGAUGUACAGGAAACUCUGAAAAGGGAAUUUACGGAAGAGGUACUGGGCGGCAAAAACUAUCCAGAAUUGGAUAUGCUUUGGCGUAAAGGUGUAGAAUUGUAUCGUGGUUAUGUCGAUGACCCACGAAAUACGGAUAAUUCAUGGAUGGAAACAGUUGUAGUUAAUUUUCAUGAUAACGAUGGCUAUCUAAAUAAUGUCACAUUUAAGGCAGGAGAUGAUGCAACUAAAUUGCGAUGGAUUACUGUUUCAGUAGGUGAAAAAUUGUACGCAUCUCAUGAAGACUUUAUCAGACUACUUGCUCAGCAUCAUGGCAUAUAA